AUGGAUGGCGGCGCGCUGCCCCGACUCAUGCCCGCCCUGCCUGGAGUCGCUGGAACCUGCACUACCCGGCGGAGACCCCCAUCCACGGAACUGCUGCGCUGCAGCCGCCACAGCCACCAAUCUGGAGCGACUGAAGCCGGGGGCGGCUCGGCGGCCAUGGCACCCCGCAACGAGCGUGAACGCAACCGUGUGAAGCUGGUCAACUUGGGCUUCCAGGCGCUGCAGCAGCACGUGCCGCACGGCGGCGCCAGCAAGAAGCUGAGUAAGGUGGAGACGCUGCGCUCCACGGUAGAAUGUGUUGGCGCGCUGCAGCGGCGGCUUGUGGAGCACGAGGUGGUGCGCGCUGCGCUUGCCAGGGGGCUCCUAACACCGGCCACUGGGCAAUUGGCUGCCCGCGCGCCUCCUGCCGCCUCCCCCGCCACUGCGUCGCUGUCUUGCGCCUCUUCAUCCCCGGAUGGCAGGGGCAGCUUGGAGCCUGGUUCCCCGCGCUCCACCUACUCAUCAGAGGACAGCGGCUGUGAGGGGGAGCUGAGUCCCAUGCAGCGCGAGCUGCUCGACUUUUCCAGCUGGUUAGGGGGCUACUGAGUACCCAACCCCUCUAAGGUAAAUUCCAGGGCGUCGGGAGGAGAGGCAGUAAAGGAGACACGUGGUGGGCGGGCCUGGCGCUUCGCGCCACUGGGACCCAUUGCAGCCAAGGCUCGGCCGGGGCGAUCACUAAGAUUUCUCGCACGCUUCAUUUUUCCUCAACCUUUUUCAAGCCUGAGCAAGACCAGCGUUUGUUUGUCCGGGAUUGCAAAACUUCCUC